AUGGCGAAAAAAUCAUCCAAGAAGACGUCGUCGACCGCGGUGCUCAUGCCCACGGUGGACGCGCGCGCGCGGUCGACGAAUAGGAAAAAGGGGCGAAAGGGGUACAGAAUGUGGACGGAUGAUGAGAAGGACGCGCUCGCGGUCGGGGUGGCAAAGUAUGGAUUGGGGAAUUGGAUGGCGAUGAAGAAGGAUCCGCUGCUCGGGCCGAAAUUGGCGUCUCGGACGAACAUCGAUUUGAAGGAUAAGUGGCGUCAGAGCACGACGCCGACGAAGAGUGGGUUGACGCGCACGCAGCCGUUGUCCCCGAGGGCGUUCGCGGUGGUGGAGGACAUCCAGGCGAACGGCGGACGACAGGUGAGCGGAGUCGAGUUCGACCGACACCUCUCGCCGGUUCGCGUCGUGGAAAAGUCGCCGUUCGGGAGCACCGCGAACCCGAAUGAAGAAAUGGUGGCGAGUCCGAGACCGAUGCGUUUGGGAUUCAACACCCCGCCGGGAUCGCCGCGCGCCCCUUCGAGUCAGUACACGCCUCGACAGUACUCGCCAGAACCCGAGGACGACGAAAUGCCCGAACACGCGUACCGAUCCCGCGACCGAGCGCCGCCCUUGAACGCAGAGAUGAAACAACAAAGCUGCAGCAUCAUGUGA